UGUACAAGAUGCCCAGAAUUAGUGACACCCCUGGCCAAAAAAAAUUGACGUAGAGCCCCCAGUAAAAUGCGCUAACAGGUUAAUGACUCUCGUGAAGCUUAAACGUGAGAGUUAUAUAGCUAGAUCUGCUCGGGAAACGAUCAGCGUUGUCAGUUUAAUCCACGUGUUUUCCUGGACAAGGUAAAGCGUAAAUGCUUAAAGAUCAUAUCGGCUGCAGAUUCAGACUCAUCAGGUUUGCUCUCCAGUAGUUGCACCGCUCCGUGGGCAGCGGUGGCUCGAGCCGAUAUUUUAACUCGCUGUGGAUUGUGGGAGUCGAGGACACUGCCCAGGCUUGUUCCCGGAGAACCAGAGACAUUUUCCCCCGCUGUGUUUUAGCCCAACACAGGUAACGGUCUCAGAACCAUGUCCAGCCGAGGAGGAAAGAAGAAGUCAACCAAGACGUCCCGGUCUACCAAGGCCGGGGUCAUCUUCCCUGUAGGACGCAUGCUGCGCUACAUCAAGAGGGGCCUGCCCAAAUAUCGCAUCGGGGUGGGAGCCCCCGUCUACCUGGCUGCGGUCCUUGAGUAUCUUACUGCUGAGAUUUUGGAGUUGGCGGGUAAUGCAGCCAGAGACAAUAAGAAGGGUCGUGUCACACCACGACACAUCCUGCUGGCCAUUGCUAACGAUGAGGAGUUGAACCAGUUGCUGAAAGGUGUGACCAUCGCAGCAGGUGGAGUCCUGCCCAACAUCCAUCCAGAGCUGCUGGCUAAGAAGAGAGGUGCAAAGGGAAAACUGGAGACACCUGUCUCACCCGCCCCAGAGAAGAAACCCAAGCCUGUCAAAAAAUCGGCAAGCAAGAAAAUGAGUGGAAAAAAAUCAGGAGCGAAGGCUAAGCAGGGUGAGGUGAGCAAGGCGGCGUCAGCAGAUAGCACCACAGAUGGAUCUCCAGUUGACAGCUUCACCGUGCUCUCCACAAAGAGCCUCUUCCUGGGUCAAAAGCUCAACCUCAUUCACAGCGAGGUCAGUAACUUGGCUGGCUUUGACGUGGAAGGGGUCAUCAACCCCACCAAUGCUGAACUUGAACUUAAAGAUGAUCUAGGCUCUGCUCUGGAAAAGAAGGGAGGGAAGGAGUUCACUGAAGCGUUGUCGGAGCUGCAGAAGAAAAACGGCCCUCUGGAGGUGGCUGGCGCUGUGUUGACCGCCGGCUUCGGUCUGCCUGCUAAGUACGUCAUCCACUGUAACAGUCCAGGCUGGGGCUCCGACAAGUGUGAGGAGAUGUUGGACAAGACAGUGAAGAACUGCCUGGCUCUGGCGGAUGAGAAGAAACUGAAGUCUGUAGCUUUCCCCUCCAUUGGUAGCGGGAGGAAUGGCUUCCCGAAGCAGACUGCGGCGCAGCUGAUCCUUAAGGCCAUCUCCACCUACUUUGUGGCCACCAUGUCUUCCACCAUCAAGACCGUCUACUUUGUGCUGUUUGACAGCGAGAGCAUCGGUAUCUACGUGCAGGAAAUGGCUAAGCUGGAGACGAGCUAAAAGAGUUUGGAGUAUUCGCCUCCUUGUCCCCCCCCCCCCCCCCCCCCCCCCCUGUUUUUCCUUCAAGGAAAUAGGAAGGUGUUUACUAGUGAUUUGUUUUAUUAUCAACAGAAGAAGAAAAUGAAGAAUCUUUCUAAAGGCCGGGAACUUGUUUUUGCAUUAUCUUUAUAUUUUUUCCUAUAUUGUUUAAAAUUUCUUAUUUACUUGUCAACUCUGGCGUUUAAAUGUAAAAGUGCACUGUUCAUUCUGCGGUCUUUUAAUACAAACGGUGCCCUACGAAAUAGAUUCAAGAAGUGAAAAGAGUCACUUUAAGAUUUACUUUUCAUAUACGGUAAAAUAUGUUAUGAGAGAUAGCUACAGUACACCUCAAUUACCAGGCUUCCAGAGAGGUCUGAUGAAUACGGGUUCAUGCAUGUAAUGGCAGUAAAGAUAGUAAAAACAGCUAUUCUCUUUCUUUUCAUAUCAAAAACAUAAAACACUAAUUCAGUGGAAUUUUUGGUAUUACGUUUCUGUUCAUCUCUUGUUAACAGUACUGUAUAAUGAAAAGGUGAAGUUCAGUUUGCUGUACUUUGGUCUUCAGGAGACUAAUAUAGCAGAACUAUGGAAUGAGUUUUUGGUUUUGUGUUGUGUGUUGCAAAUUCCUGUUUGCCUUUCUUUACACAGGCACAAAAUUAGUUUCCUUGUGUGCUGCAGAGACCUUAAAUAAAAAGACGUAAUUAGUUAAAAAAAAAAAAAGUUAAUUGACGCCUGUGUAUUACAAUAAUCCUGGCACCAGUGUCAUGAGUUUACACUGUAAACUGAACACCUGUUGGUUGUCAUUUACAGUAAAAUAUAAAUCAUUUUUUGACAUAAAAUAUAGAAAAUAUAAAAAAUUUAGAAUUUGAGGUUUUUGCAGGGCAUGAAUGGUUUAUAUUGUGUGUUCCUAUCAAUGUUUAUAUAGAUGGAGUAUUUGUGAAAUGUUCUAGAAAAUUAUUGGACUGUAACAGAUUUUUAUUUUCUAUUUUAAUUGAUUCUAAAAGGCACAGAUUGUUUAAAAACAAACAAGUGAGGGAGUUUUUCUUUGUGUUUUGUCUUUGUCAUAAAACAAAUGUACUAAUUUUUGCUGGAAAUAGAAGCGCUCUGCUGUUGCUUUGCUUUUUGAUUCAGCUACCACAAGAUGGCGCCAUGUAAUCAAGAAUUGGAUUUUUCAUCUCAGCCAUUUUCUGUGCAGCAGCAGGCCUCUUCACACAGAGGCUGUUUGAUUUAAGUUGGAUAUGAAUUGGGAUUGACGGACGUAUAUAUGACGAACCGACUGCUCUGCUACAUUUGGACUUUUCAAAAGCCCCACUUUCUUAUGGAAAAAAAAAUGCUUUCUAAAGAAUUGCUACAAUUGAUUAUAAAAAAGGUCUGUACACACUCCGGUAAUAAAAUACCUU